AUGUCCGCCGACGCCGAGCCUACACAGUCGCAGUUCCAGAACGUGGGAGAUCUGGUGGAGCGCGACGAUGAUACCGGUCUUAUGUCGGUUGAGAGUCUCUGCAUGAACUGUCAUGAGAAUGGAACUACUCGCCUCCUCCUCCUCCGUGUACCAUUCUUCCGUGAUAUCAUUCUUGAGUCUUUCGAGUGCCCGCACUGCCACUUCAAGAACAACUCCAUCAAAUCCGCCGGCCAGAUUCAAGAGCUCGGAAGCAAAUAUGUCCUUGAAGUUGAGAACAUCGAUGAUAUGCAGCGCCAGGUUGUCCGCAGUGACGUAGCUGUCUUCAAGCUUGAGUCUCUGGGUAUUGAGAUGCCCAAGGAGGGCCAACUUACAAACAUUGAAGGCCUCGUACAAAAGAUGCAUGAGAGUCUCGAUUCUGAACAAGAGUUACGCAAAGCUCAAGCUCCCGAGAUGUACGAUGCAUUGGUGCCAAUCAUUCAAAAGUUAAAAGAUAUCCUGGAUGGAACGGGCUUCCCCUUCACCAUCUCUCUGGAUGAUAUUACCGGUAACUCUUGGAUCGCCCCCAGUACUACCGACAAGGGAAAUAAGUACAAGAGAACCGAAUACCCCCGUACCCACGAACAGAAUGAGGAGCUUGGCCUUAGCGGCGAGAAUCAGCCCGCGCCUAAGCCGCUCACCCACUUCGGUGAUCCUGAGGACCUGGAUCUCGUCGAUGGAGUCUACAGUCUGCCUUCGGAUUGCCCAGGCUGUGCGAAGGACUGUGAGGUUAACAUGAAGAAGAUUUCUAUCCCUCAUUUCAAGGAAGUUUUCAUUUGGGCGACUGUCUGCACUCACUGUGGAUAUAAGAGCAAUGAAGUCAAGACUGGUGGCGCAAUUCCCGAUAAGGGCAAGCGUAUUACUUUGUCCAUUGAAAACGAGGUUGACUUAAGCCGAGACGUUCUUAAGUCCAAUACUUGCUCCAUGUACAGUGAAGAGCUCGAGCUUGAAGUGCAAUGCGGUACCCUGGGAUCCCGAUUUACCACCGUUGAAGGUCUUUUGACCGAGAUCCGGGAUCAAUUAACCUCUACUAUCUUUGAUAUUGAGGAUACAGCCCGCAAGGGUGGUGAUAGUAUGUCUACCAACGAAAAAGGAAAGUGGGAGGCUUUCUUUGCUCGACUUGACAAGGCCAUCAGUGGAGAACUCAAAUUUACACUCGCUUUGGUGGACCCUCUGGCAAACAGCUAUGUGCAGGAUCUAUUUGCCCCCGCCCCUGAUACCCAGCUCACAGUUGAAGAGUAUGAGCGUACUGAAGAGGAGGAAGAUGACCUCGGUCUCAAGGAUAUGAAGACUGAGGGUUAUGAAAAUGACGCAGAGAAGGCAGAGGAGAACAAGGAAUAG